AUGGGCUAUGACGACCAUGGCGGCAACGACUACAACAAUGACUACAACAAUGACAACAUCGAUGACUACGGCGGAGACGCGGGCAUGGACACAGGCAUGCCGGAUGACCCUCCCCCAGAGUCGCCGAGAGGCGAGGACAGGCCGGAUGGAGAGGUGAAGGAGGAGCCAAAAGAGGAGUGGGUGGACGAUGGUAGCCUGCCACUGGUGGACGGCACGCUGCCCUUCUUCCUGCUGGAUGCGCACGAAGAGGCCGCCACCCCGGGCACCGUGUACCUGUUCGGCAAGGUGCCAAACGGAGGGCAGCACCAGUCGUGCUGCGCGGUGCUGGAGGGCUGCAUGCGCUGCAUCUUCUUCGUGCCGCAGCCGGGCACAUUCACCGGCGCGGAGCUGACGCGGCUGGAGGCCGAGGCCGCCGCCAACCCCGGAGCCAAGGGGCCUCUCCUGCGCCACCUGCAUGAGCAGGCGGCGGCGCUGAAGGCCGAGGUGAGGGCGGUGCUGGCAGAGCACGGCAUCGACAAAUUUGUGAUCAAGCCGGUGCGGCGCAACUACGCAUUCGAGCUGGACAGCGUGCCCCACGGAGAGCAGUGGGUCCUCAAAGUGCGCUACUCCGCCGCCAAGCCCUCGCUGCCCAACGGCCUAGAGGGGGAGCACUUUGUGGGGGUGUUUGGCGCGCAGCAGAGCGUGCUGGAGUCUGUGCUGCUCAAGCGCCGCAUCAUGGGCCCCUCCUGGAUCAGCCUCAGCUGCCCCACCCGCGUCGACGCCAGCAAGCAGGUGAGCUGGUGCAAGCUGGAAGUCAAGGUGGAGGGCCACAAGAAUGUCAGCUCCAAGUGCGCCGGGCAGCAGGAGCCGCCGCCGCUCAUCGUCGCCGCUCUCAACCUGAAGACAUCCCUACACCCACAGGCGAACACGAACGAGGUGGUGGCGGCGAGCGUGGUGUAUCUGCCGGCGGUGAACCUGGACCGGCCGCUGAGCAAGGCGGCCUGGAACAGCAGCCGCUCCCUGCGCCAUUUCUCCGUCCUGCGCAAGCUCGACGGCCAGCCCUUCCCUGCAGGCUUUGAGGCAAAGGUGCAGGCGGUGAAUGCAAGCGAGAUGGGGCGGCGCAACGGCGGCACCAUGCUCAGCGCGCAAGCGUCCGAGCGCUCGCUGCUGAUGAAUCUGCUGGCGCGGCUGCGCGCGCUCGACGCCGACGUGCUUGUGGGCCACAACAUUGCCGCCUUCGACCUGGACGUCCUCUUGCACCGCCUGCAGCACCACAAGGUGCCGCAGUGGAGCCGGGUGGGGCGGCUGCGGCGGAGCACGUUCCCUAGCCUGGGCGGCGGCGGCGGCAGCUUCGGCGGCGGCGCGGGGCCGGGCCUCAUGACGGCGAUGGCGGGCCGGCUGAUCUGCGACACCUAUCUAGGCGCGCGCGAGCUGUUACAUGAGGUCGACUACACCAUGGCCACCCUCGCACGCAUCCACCUCGGCCAGACCCGCUCGGACCUCGCCGCUGCCGACGUGCCCGGCAAGUACGAGGCGGCGCCGAAGCUGAUGGAGUUGGUGCAGCACACGGAGAGCGACGCGUGGCUGGCCCUGUCCCUGGCCAUGCACCUCAACCUGCUGCCCCUCUCCCGCCAACUCUCCUGCCUCUCCGGAUCCCUGUGGUCCCGCACCCUCCAGGGCCAGCGGGCGCAGCGCAUAGAGAUGCUGCUGCUGCACGAGUUCUACGCGCGCAAGUUCCUGCUGCCGGACAAGCUCAGCGGCCGCGAGCGCGAGCGCCUGGCACGCCGCCAGCACGCGGCCGCGCACGCCGACGACGGCGAGGCCUUCGAGGAGGUCAAGGCCGGUGGGAAGAAGGGCAAGGCACAGUACGCGGGGGGCCUUGUGCUGGAGCCCAAGAAGGGCCUGUACAACAGCAUCGUGCUGCUGCUGGACUUCAACUCCCUCUACCCCUCCAUCAUCCAGGAGUACAACAUCUGCUUCACCACCGUGCGCCGCCCCAAGGACGGCUCCAUUGCGCCCCUGCCAGAGCCCUCCCACGACCUCGCCGUCCUGCCCAAGGUGAUCCGGGGGCUGGUGCAACGGCGCCGGGAGGUGAAGUCUCUGCUGGCGAAUGAGCGCGACGGUGUGCGGCGGCAGCAAUUGGACAUCCGGCAGCAGGCGCUCAAGCUGACGGCCAACUCCAUGUACGGCUGCCUCGGCUUCUCCGCCUCGCGCUUCUUUGCGCGACCCCUGGCCGAGCUUGUUACCGCGCAGGGGCGAGACAUCCUCCAGUCCACCGUCGACCUCGUCCAGUCAUCGGUCGGCCUCGAGGUGAUAUACGGGGACACGGACAGCAUAAUGGUGCGGACAGACGUGGCGAAGGAGGAGGAGGCGCGGGCGAUGGGGGCGCGGGUGAAGCGUGAGGUGAACAAGCGCUACAAGCUGCUGGAGAUCGAGCUGGACGCGAUGUACAAGUGCAUGCUGCUGCUCAAGAAGAAGAAGUACGCCGCCAUCAAACUCGACCGCGACGCAGCCGGCCGCACCGUAGAGGUGAAGGAGGCAAAGGGGCUGGACAUGGUGCGGCGCGACUGGUGCGCGCUGGCCAAGGACUGCGGCAACUACGCCCUUGAUGAGAUCCUGUCCGGCCGCCCUUGCGAGGACGUCGUCUCUGCCAUCCACGCCCGCCUGCGCCAGGUGCGGGAGAAGGUGGAUGCUGGAGCGGUGACGCUGGACAAGUUUGUGAUCCACAAGCAGCUGACCAAGCGGCCGGAGGACUACCCGGACGCCAAGAACCAGCCCCACGUGCAGGUCGCCCUCCGCCGUGCAGCCGCCCACAAGCGCGAAGGCACCAAGCAGGGAGAGACGGUGCCGUACAUAAUCUGCAUCGAGGUUGACGAGGCCGGGCAGCCCAAGGAUGGCGGUGCGGGCGGCCUGGCCGAGCGCGCAUACCACCGGGAGGAGCUGGCCGCCAACCCGGCGCUGCGCGUGGAUGUCCAGUACUACCUUGCCAACCAGGUGCACCCGGUGGUGUCGCGGCUGUGCGCGCCAAUUGAGGGGACUGACGCGGCGCGGCUGGCAGACUGCCUCGGCCUCGACCCGGCCAAGUACCACGCGGCGGCCGCGGCCGGGUCGGGGAUGCGCGACGCUCUGGAGGACGCCCUCAUCGCGUCCACCGCCACCCUCGACUGCGACGCCCGCUACAAGGACUGCGAUCCGCUGUGGCUGACGAGUGCAGACGGCACCCGCUUCCCCUUCGUGGGAGUGCAGGACGUUCUCAGCGGGGGGGUCGCCCCUGGAGAUGCGUUCGCUCCCCCGGACGCCGCCGCCACUGGCUCGGGGCUGAGCGCGGCGCAGGUGGCUAACCAGGUGCGGCUGCGCGCGCGUGAGGCGGUGGCCAAGUACUAUGAGGGGUCGCUGGUCUCCGACGAUGAGCUCAUGCCCGUCAACACACGCAACGUCUGCCUCAGGGCGCAGGGUGAUGCGGCUCCCGGCAUGGCGUCGCCGAACGUGGCGUCGGCGGGGCACAUGGCGGCGGCGAUGAGCGAGGCGGCGCUGUACACGCAGCUGUCGCACUUCCACCGCCUUCUGGACCCCAGCCUCGCCCUCGCCCGCCUCAAGGACGACACCGAGCGCCUGGAAGCCACCAGGCGGCUGGCGCCCAUCAGGGAGGCCUUGGAAGCUGGCAGGAAGGCGGUGGAGCAGCUGCGCAACAGAUGCGCGUACCGCUGGGUCAGCCUCGGCAGCCUCUACAAUGUGACUGCCACCGGCGCAUAGACUUCUGCAGCCACCCUUUUGACAUGCUGCUUUGUGACAUGACACAACAGAAAUGCUAGGCACAAAUGACAAUGGAAUCAUGAGCGGAGAAAUAGAUGCUACAGUGCAGCAGUGCCCAAUGUCUCAGUCCACAGAUGAUAUCGACACCUGACUCGGUGUUGCAGUUUGACCUAAGUCCAAGAAUUCAUGAUGUCAAGAUGAUAAACUUUCAGUGUUCAAUCGGUGUGAAAUAGCCAACAU